GCACAGGGGGCGGGGUUUCGUACUCAAUGGUUCCUUCUUGUUGCUGCAGAGGGACUCUGUGCAGCGCAUUAACCAGACUCUGUAGUGGGUUCGCCCGGGAUGCAGGGCACAAGAUCUGAUGGAAAUACGUUUGGGGGAAACGAUCAAGAGCUCGUUCGUUGUUAUUUGCUCCAUGUGGACGUUAGAGGCGCUUGCUGUGAGUUUGUGACUCCCUGGUGCGCCUGCAAUCAGCGCUUUAUACGUGGAACCGAACAGAAAGGAGUGCAAAUCGCUCUGGAUCUUAACGGGACACGUGGGGAUUAGUGAGUGGGCUGAAGAGAAGGUUUAUAUACACUGGUGCGAAACCAAAACCCAGCUAAUACACAGCAUCUAAAUGUAUCUUAGUAUCCAACUUUGCAUUCAUGAUCUAUCCGGAGUUUAAAAAUGAGCACGUCGUGCAUUAGUUUUGGUUUGAUACAAGAGCCAAGCAUAAAGUUCACAGAUAAACUCCUCGCUUAGAGAUCCGUCCAUUGAUGGAAUGCAGGACGACGCUCCAGCCGCGGAGGAACUGUGUCGAAGACGAUAAGCGCACAAAGUGUUCACUGGGGGAAACAUGGCACAGGCUAGUGGCGAGGAGAACAAAACUCCUACAGGAGACGUUGACAUAGAUCCGGACUUCGAGCCUCAGAAAAGGCCGAGGUCCUGCACAUGGCCUUUGCCCAGACCGGACUGCAGCACUGGGAAGCCUGAGCCAAACGAGGCGGACAUUAUUCCCGAGGAGGAGGACGAGGAGAGCGGCCCUGAUCGCCGUGUGGACACCAACACACAUACAGAAGAGCAAACAAGCUACACACGAGCUAAACAGAGCUCUGGUCCUUCUGGUCCAACGUUAAAUGCAACUUGUAAUGACAAGGACAGUGACGGUUCUCGUUCUCCCAGCACCUCCCAAACGUUGGCCGCUGCCGCGACUGAAUCGGGCAUUACAACUCUCUCACUCCAGCAGCCCAGAAAAUCAUCCGCACGCAGAAAUGCAUGGGGUAAUUACUCCUAUGCUGAUUUAAUCACCCAGGCUAUCGAGAGCUCCCCUGAGAAAAGGCUGACUUUGGCCCAGAUCUACGACUGGAUGGUCAGAUCUGUGCCAUACUUCAAGGACAAAGGUGACAGCAACAGCUCUGCAGGCUGGAAGAACUCAAUAAGGCACAACCUAUCCCUCCACAGUCGAUUUGUCAGAGUGCAAAAUGAGGGGACAGGCAAGAGUUCAUGGUGGAUGGUCAACCCAGAAGGUGGGAAAGGUGGCAAAGUACCCCGAAGGCGUGCUGUUUCCAUGGACAAUAGCAACAAGCUAAUUAAAAGUGCUCGUGGCCGUGCUGCUAAGAAGAAAGCUGUUCUCCAAGCUGCUCAGGAUGGAAGCUCGGAGAGCUCCUCCAGUCUGUCCAAAUGGACUGGAAGUCCCACAUCCCGCAGCAGUGAUGAGCUAGAUGCCUGGACAGACUUCCGCUCUCGCACUAAUUCCAAUGCCAGCACCAUAAGUGGCCGACUAUCUCCUAUCUUGGCCAACUUGGAAGUGGAUGAGGUUGCUGAUGAUGACUCUCCACUCUCUCCCAUGUUGUACUCUAGUCCCAGCAGCAUGUCUCCUUCCACUGGCCUGACUGAGCUGCCACGCCUUGCUGACCUUGCAGGUACUAUGAAUCUCAAUGAUGGCCUCUCAGACAACCUAAUGGAUGACUUGCUUGAUAACAUCAGUUUAACAGCUUCACAGUCUCCAGGCCAAGAUGAUAGUAGUGCCAGUGAACAAGGAAGCCCCGUGUUUACCUUCAGCUGCUCUGGCAGCAGUCUUGGGGUUCCCAACUCCAUGUUUAGUCCGUUGUCUGUCACCAGCCUGCGGCAGUCCCCCAUGCAAACAAUUCAGGAGAACAAGCAGGCCACCUUUACUUGUGGUUCCCACUUUGGAAAGCAGAGUUUACAGGAUAUGCUCAGCUCUGAGCCUCAUAACCACAGUGAUGUCCUACUGACCCAGUCUGACCCAUUGAUGUCACAAGCCAGUGCCUCCAUCUCCUCUCAGAGCUCCCGUCGCAGUGGACAAGCUGGGUCUGGGGGGCAAGUGGGACUCAAGAAGGUCUCACUGUCUGGAUGGCGAAUGAAUGGAGUCUUGGGGGCAACAAGUGAGUCAGACUACCAAAGCCUGAUUAAACACCAUCUUCAACAGUCUCCAUCCAGGAGCACAUCUAUGCAGCUCAGCUCCUCUGACUCCUUUUUGUCAGGUGUCAAUGGCAUCAUGCCCUCUGUACAGUCAUCAACUCAGGAUCGAUUCUCCACUGAUCUUGAUCUUGACGAUUUCAGCCGUAACCUUGAUUGUGACAUAGACAUCAUCAUGCGGAAUGACCUGAUGGACGCAGAUGACUUGGAAUUCAACUUUGAUUCUCAUCUCUUUUUCCAUCAAAAUGCGAAUAUGAAUUCAGGGAGUAUGUCAAAUACCAAACAAACCUCAUCUCAAAGCUGGGUACCAAGUUGAUCAGCUCAUGGAAUGUAGUGAUGGGGCAGAACUAAGCUUUAUAAACUGUCCCAACCUUUUAAACACUGUCCUGUGGUAAGGACAUGUAUAAUAAUCUGAAAAGUACAGAUUACAGUCAGAUAAAUCAAAAUUCCUAACACUUUUGAUGAUUUAAUGGUUUUGUCAGCAAAAGUAGUGACAAUGAGGAACGUAUGCUCGUACAUGAUGAGGUUUAUGAAAUUUAUUUUGUAGUUUGACAACAAGAAGUUUUGAAGGUCUGAAAGAAUUGAACUAAAGAAAACUGAUGAAGCUGGGAAGGUGUUUGGUGUUUUUACUUAAUGAAAAUGAAGUUCCUAAUCCCUUAAUCUACUCAAAGAACUAGGCCUAGACAAAUAUUUCACCGUUACAUUUAUAUUCUCUGUAAACAUAGUUUAGAAGGUAAGAUUCAUAUUGCUGGUACUCACAUUGAUAGAAAUACAUGAAUUCUGCCAAACUAGUCACAUAAUCAUAUAAUAGACCAUUUAGUUGGCCUGUUUACAACAUAGACUAGAGAAUGGUACUGUUUUUUGUCUUCAGAAUUGACAUGGGAAUGUCUUGUGCAGCCUUUAUUUUCAUUGUGUAAACCAGAAAAAGGGAAGAAAAGUGAUUGUGUGAUGUUACUUUACUUCUUUCACAGAACAGCAAAAUAAGACCAGCUAAUGAGUUAUUAAAUGUAAUGCUGUUAAAGGGUGCAUUUUAUUGAGUACUUGAUCCUACAAAUUGUUCUGACACCUCCAUCCUAACUUCACCUGAAAAACAACAUCAUAAAUUAGUUUUCUGUGUUGUGUGCACUAAAAUGUUUAGCAUAUUUAUUGUAGAGGUAAGAAACUUUACAAAUACUUACAGAAUAUUAGAGCGUCAAUUGCCACUACAUUUUUGUGUAUAGUUGGAAAACCACCAUUUAUAAGCUUUUAGGGCUACAAUGGCACACUUUUAGCCUUUGUACAUAUCUGCACACUCCAUGGUGCUCUGAAGAGCAUUGUUUUUGCUCUUAUGGCAAUAUGCAGCAAGGAUCACUUUGCAUGAAAGAAGCAGCUGCAAUCAGAGUAGGUUAGUUUGCUUACAUGGACUGUACUUUACCAAGUUUGUUGAACUUUCGAAGCAAAUUAGCUGACCAACAGUGAGCCUACUAUUUUGUAUGUUUGGUAGUAGUGCCAUUUAGAAACCCCUGUCACUUGGAAAACAUCCAAGUGUUGCGUUAUCAUGGUUGAAAUCCAUUUUUUCCUCAAAACUUUAACAUCUCUAGCACCAGUGGGCAGUCUUUUUAUGAGUAAUGUUGAGUUAUGGUGGUCUUCAUUGUUUACAUAAACCCAUUGUGCUAAUAAAACCAAGAGUAUUGUAUAUUGCUGUCCUGAUAAUGGCGUAUUUAUUUUAAAAUAUUAACUUCUGAACUGUAUCCUGAUUUCAUGGUAUUAUUAAGGCAUCAGUAGGAAAUGCAUUUAAAUGCAAAGGAGAAAAGUGGAAUGAGAAGAGUUUUAUGUUUCCCAUUCCCUGUAUAUCAACAGAAGAGUUGAGUGUUUGCUAGAAUAGCAAUGUGCAUUGGAUGAUUUAGGUAGUAGACUGGGAUGGGAUAGUGCAUGUAAAUAAAGCUUUGCACAGUACUGUGA